CGGAAGUGCGGGGAACGAGUCGGGCAUCUCCUCGAGAGAAGGGAAAAAAAGAAAAUAUUUUGGAAGGAAAGAGAACUGAUUAAAAUUGUGGGUUUUGGCGAGUUUGGACGGAGUUUCCGAACUGUUCUGACCCGAGGGAAAGCCGGAAUGAUGGAAGAUUCCCAUUUUAACUCUUCAUACUUUUGGUCUCCUGUUCCUACAGUGCAAGGACAGAUUGAGAAUGCCAUGUUCCCGAAUAAGAUCAAAGAGCAACUGGCCCCAUUGAAGAACCCAGCCUCCUACCCACAUUACCCUACUACGCUGCUGACCAUGCCAAGCUCUGUCAGUAUCGAUGCAGAGACAGCAAGUGGGCUGGCACUCAAGCAGGAAGGAGGUGGAGCUAUACCAUUGGCAGACGGGGGUCCCUUGCACCCACCCCACACAUCUCAGAACAUUACUGCAAUGCCAGUACCCUCAACUGGAAUCAUGACAGCAGUGGGACUGGUGAUAACCACUCCUCAAGGCACACUGGUGUCACCCUCUUCCUCAACACAGUCUUUUGUUUGUGGAUCUCCAACCACUACUACAAGAGUGCCCAAACUGCAUGGCUCAAACUCAGACAAGAAAGAUGAUGUAAGUGUUUCCCCAGCAGUUGUUCCAACUCCCUCAAAACGGGGUAGAAAAAAGAAGUCUGCACUGCCAAGAGCAGGUGUGGUCACUGGUCAUGUACUUCCGGCAAGAAGCGAUGCGUUGAUCUUGGCACACUUGGCCACUGGAGUGCAGCAACAUACCUCUGGCCUAUAUGAUCUGUCCAAUGAUGAAGAUAACAGAGGCAAAGAUGGGAAUAAAUCUUACAGGUGCCGGAUGUGUGCAAUGACCUUCUUCAGUAAAUCUGACAUGCAGAUCCACGCCAAGUCACACACAGAGGCCAAACCACACAAGUGCCCUCACUGUUCCAAGUCUUUUGCCAAUUCCAGCUACCUGACCCAGCACAUCCGAAUCCACAGUGGGGCCAAACCCUACAGCUGCUCUUACUGCCAAAAAACAUUUAGGCAACUCAGUCACUUACAGCAGCACACAAGAAACCACACAGAAGGCAAACCACACAAGUGUCCCCACUGCUCCAAAUCCUUCACCAACACCAGCUACUUGGCCCAGCACAUCCGCAUCCACAGCGGGGCCAAGCCCUAUUCCUGUUCCUACUGCCAGAAAACAUUCAGGCAGCUCAGUCACUUACAGCAACACAACAGGAUCCAUACAGGAGACCGGCCGUACAAGUGUGUACAUCCUGGGUGUGAGAAAGCAUUCACUCAGCUCUCUAAUCUGCAGUCACAUCGACGACAGCACAACAAAGACAAGCCCUUCAAGUGCCACUGCUGCCACCGGGCAUACACAGAUGCAGAGAGCUUGGAAGUGCAUUUGUCCACACAUACCGUAAAACAUGCCAAGUUGUACUCCUGUGGCCUGUGCAACCGCUCAUACACCUCGGAAACCUACCUAAUGAAGCACAUGACAAAGCACAACCCAGACCCACUGACUCUCGCCGCUGUUGUGGCUGCACAGCAGGCCCAGCAACAGCAACCUAAUCAGGGUAGUCGUGGAAGGGGACACAAGCAGGGCAAGAGUGGAGGUGGGGCAAGGGGUAUGGCUGGCAGUGGGGCUGGAGCCAGUAAUGGGCAAAAACAAGGUAACCAAAACACCCCGGGUGGUUAUUCCCAGGCAGAUGGAGUGCCAUGCCACUUCGACCUACACCAGUACAAAACGGUAUCAGCUGGGGAGAUUCAGUACAAACCCAUUAGCGUGACUGACCUGGCUGUUCACAAAGACCUCUGCCUCACUGUAUCCACCUCAACCAUUGAGGUGGAGCAUCUGAACUCAUAGAACUGACCAGAGAAGGGUGUACAAUAUGUAUAGGAAGAGGAACGAUAGAUGUAACAUAAAACUGAUAGUAGGCUUGUGAUUGUUACAAUUUCUUACAGAGAGGGGUGCAGAUAGAGCUAA